CAGUACCAUAAGUCAUAAUUAUCAAACAAGUAUUAAAAGUUAGAAUACGAGCCUCAUAUAGGUUGUCCACAUAGGACUGAAAAAUCAACCAAUAUUAUGUUUUGCCACGUAAGCUACGGCCUAUAUUCAAUCUUUUGCGUAUUGUGAUUUGUUGUUUGUGGACUUGAGUUCUCUAUGCUUGGCUUUCUCUAAUUUUGGUGUUUAUGUUGGGCUUUAUCUGAUUCUGGCCCAUUGCAACCACUCUCCUUCUUACAGGCCGUAUCCUGAAACCUUAAUAUCAUCCUCUUCAUCGUGGUAACAGGAGAUCAAGUAACGGAAUCACGAUUUAUGUUCAAUUCAUAAACACAACAUUUAAUCUCAGUAAAUUUUCUCCCCACUACUCCUCAAUUCACCAGAACCUUCGAUCUCUUCGGAUUCUUCAGGAUUUGGAUCCUAUAAAUAGGCGUUCAAGGCUUCAUGGUUAUCACAGAAUCUUUGAUUUUUUCUACUCAUAACUCCAACACAUACCGGCGUGAACAAUGGCUGCUCCCCAGAUCUCCCUUUCCGAGUUGAGGCCAGGACGUUGUGCUAGGAGUAACACGCCUCCGUCCCAAAUUGGAGGUCGUCUCUUUCUUAAUGCAACUUCUGGGUCACACUUCUACUUUGACGAUGAGGUGAUAGCAAGUCAAACUUUAUUCGAUGAGUUUUGUGCGACAAACGUAAGUGACUCCACCAGUGGUACCGAAUACGGUGGAGUCCAGAAGCUGGAGACAGUUUCAUUAGCGGAGUUGAACGCCUACGUUCUAACCUCACCCCACAAGACAGUGUCUCCUCCUUCACAUGCACUAUAUGUUUUAACGCAAGUGCUGUUGGAGUUGUGAGAUAACGUGUUGAGAUGAUGGUGGCAAAUGGAGAAGAAUCGGCUGUCUUUGUUGCCUUCGACACAGCUAUCACUAAGCUCACCAAUGCCAGGGCCACAGAGGUUUCCAACCCUAUUGGUUAUGGUGAGCAAGACCCAGCAGAAUAUAACCUCCCUUACUUCCUCCAAGACAUUGUUCGGAAGAGCUACAUUUCAUCUCAAGCUUACAGAGUUAACUUUUCUUUCCUCCAUGAGUUAUUUACUGUCGCCCGAAUCUUUGACCCCAAUCAGAGAAACCCAGGGCCCUCCUUUGCACUGCAUGGUGAGGGCAACAAUCAUGGUGACAAUAUCUCUGGAGAAAAUUGUGCUUCUUGCAAGUACCAUGUCGGUGACUCCUUCUCAAAGGACACUCAUCUUCCUGAAGCUAAUGACCAGACCAUUGGACCUGCAAGUGCUGUGCAAGAAGCGUCAAACACCUACCAGGUGGAGUCCAAUAGUGAGAAUGUUGAUGAUCCACAGAGACCACCGCAAAGCUUAGCUUUCACCAUGGAGCGGAAUAGAGGAACAAAUGUUUCUCCCAUGCAUAUCGUCAAGGCACUCACGUUAUGUUUUUCCAAAUAAUAGCACUAAGUCCACCAUGAAAUUAAACAUUUCUCUUCGUUUUGGUUCUGUAUCGUAGUAACAUUUUGCGUUUAUGAUAUAGAACAUACUUCCAAUUUUCAGUAACUUUAAAUAAUGUCCACUCUAAGAUUUUAUUAAAAAUUUAUAGUCAUUAUAUCAAA